AUGCCAACAAAAGAAGUAGUUCUCUUGGAUUUCUGGGCUAGCCCUUUUGCCACUAGGGUUAGAAUUGCAUUGGCUGAGAAAGGCGUCGCAUUCGAAGGUCAAGAGGAGGACUUGUUUGGAGGGAAGAGUGAGCUGCUGCUCAAUUCAAACCCUAUCUACCAAAAGGUUCCGGUGUUAUUGCAUGACGGGAAACCUGUCGUUGAGUCCACCAACAUUGUUGCCUAUGUUGAUGAGGCCUGGCCUUCACCGCCAUUGCUGCCACCUUGUGCAUAUGGGCGAGCUCAGGCCCGGUUUUGGGCUGACUUCAUUGACAAGAAGGUAUUUGACGCGGGUAGGAAUAUUUGGAUGGGCAAAGGAGAGGAACUAGAGGUGGCAAAGAAGGACUUCAUAGAGAUUCUGAAGCAGCUAGAGGGAGCUUUGGGAGAAAAGGACUACUUUGGUGGUGAUAGCUUUGGUUUUGUGGACAUCAUAUUAAUUCCCAUGACCAGUUGGUUCUAUGCCUAUGAGAAAUUUGGGGGUUUCAAGGUUGAGGACCAAUGUCACAAAUUCUCAGCUUGGAUGAAGAAAUGCAUGGAGAGGGAAAGUGUUGCCAAAUAUCUUCCAUGCCCUCAAAAGGUUUAUGAGAUAGUGAUCAUGUUGAGGAAGAUGAAUGGCAUUGAGUAGUGGAUGUGCAAGUUUUUGGCUUGUGGUUGAAUCUGUUUCUUUUUUUCUUUUUUUUUCUUAAGUUCUUCUUUUUGGUCUUCUUGUGGGUCAUGGGGUUUCUUGAUUCUCACUAGAGGAGAAAAAUAAAAGGAUAAUAAUCAUUUUCCUUGAUCUUUCUAAACUAGUUUGAUGUUUGUGCUAGAGUAGUAAAAACAAAAGAAAGUGGAAAAAUGAGUAAAAGCUGUUAAGUGAUGGUCAUUUGAUUGUUUGCUUUCAGUUGUAGUGAUAUUUGAUGUAUGACACACAUCAAGUAUGUUAUAUUGACCACAACAAAGCAAAUCAUAAA